UCCCCCGCAUCUGACUCGCGCUCGAAUGCACAGCCUCGCACCUCACGACCCAGCGCCUCCAUUUCCCUUCCGUCACUCUCUCAUCUCCCCACCAAGCUCCCUCUCCCUAAAAAAUCUCUUGGGCCCUUUCCACUUUCCAAUCUCCAGACUGAGAGGAUCACGGCUACUCCCCCCAUCUAACCUCGGCGGCGGAGAGCACAGCAGCGCGUCCCUGCACCCUGACUGGAACAUACACACACGCACGAGCACUGGCAUACGCAGACAGCACGUUUCCUGUCCCUGUGUGACACCCACCCUCGUCGCGCUGCCGCUCCAGCCCUCGCGCGGUGCCCUUCUCCCGCCACACAUACUAACUAGCACACGCACGCACUCUCGUGCAGGGUCGAGGCGAAGGCAGCUUGCCCACAGCCACUUGGAGGCGACCGGCGCCAGUCUAGCAGAACCCAUGGCGUCUCCCGGCUCCGGUUUUUGGUCCUUCGGAUCUGAAGAUGGCUCUGCGGAUCCUGAGAACCCGGGCACAGCGAGAGCGUGGUGCCAGGUGGCCCAAAAGUUCACGGGCGGCAUCGGAAACAAGCUGUGCGCUCUGCUCUAUGGAGACUCCGGGAAGCCAGCGGAGGGCGGCGGGAGCGAGACCUCGCGGGCCGCCACCGGGAAGGUCGUCUGCACCUGCGACCAAAAACCCUGCAACUGCCCCAAAGGGGACGUCAACUACGCGUUUCUGCACGCAACAGACCUGCUGCCAGCGUGUGACGGAGAAAGGCCCACUCUGGCAUUUCUACAAGAUGUUAUGAACAUUUUGCUUCAGUACGUGGUGAAAAGUUUCGAUAGAUCAACUAAAGUGAUCGAUUUCCAUUACCCCAAUGAGCUUCUUCAAGAGUAUAAUUGGGAAUUGGCAGACCAACCGCAAAAUCUGGAGGAAAUUUUGACGCAUUGCCAAACAACUCUAAAAUAUGCAAUUAAAACAGGGCAUCCCCGAUAUUUUAAUCAGCUGUCUACUGGAUUGGAUAUGGUUGGAUUAGCCGCAGACUGGUUGACAUCAACAGCAAACACUAACAUGUUCACCUAUGAGAUCGCCCCUGUAUUUGUGCUGCUAGAAUAUGUUACACUAAAGAAAAUGAGAGAAAUCAUUGGCUGGCCAGGGGGCUCUGGCGAUGGAAUCUUUUCUCCUGGUGGCGCCAUCUCCAACAUGUAUGCCAUGCUCAUUGCCCGCUAUAAGAUGUUUCCAGAAGUCAAGGAGAAGGGGAUGGCAGCGGUGCCCAGGCUCAUCGCGUUCACAUCAGAGCAUAGUCACUUUUCUCUCAAGAAGGGAGCUGCAGCCUUAGGGAUUGGAACAGACAGUGUGAUUCUGAUUAAAUGUGACGAGAGAGGGAAAAUGAUUCCAUCUGAUCUUGAAAGAAGAAUCCUUGAAGUCAAACAGAAAGGAUUUGUUCCUUUCCUGGUGAGUGCCACAGCUGGAACCACCGUGUAUGGGGCUUUUGAUCCUCUCUUGGCUGUAGCUGACAUCUGCAAAAAGUAUAAGAUCUGGAUGCACGUGGAUGCUGCUUGGGGUGGAGGGCUACUGAUGUCCCGGAAACACAAGUGGAAGCUGAAUGGAGUAGAGAGGGCCAACUCUGUGACAUGGAAUCCUCACAAGAUGAUGGGUGUCCCCUUGCAGUGUUCAGCUCUCCUGGUUAGAGAGGAGGGACUGAUGCAGAGCUGCAACCAGAUGCAUGCUUCCUACCUCUUUCAGCAAGAUAAGCACUAUGACCUGUCCUAUGACACAGGAGACAAGGCCUUGCAGUGUGGACGCCAUGUGGAUGUCUUUAAAUUAUGGCUCAUGUGGAGAGCAAAGGGGACUACUGGGUUUGAAGCACACAUUGAUAAGUGUUUGGAGCUAGCAGAGUAUUUAUACACUAUCAUAAAAAACCGAGAAGGAUAUGAAAUGGUGUUUGAUGGGAAGCCUCAACACACAAAUGUCUGCUUCUGGUUUGUACCUCCUAGUUUGCGCACUCUGGAAGACAAUGAAGAGAGAAUGAGCCGCCUCUCAAAGGUGGCGCCAGUGAUUAAAGCCAGAAUGAUGGAGUAUGGGACCACAAUGGUCAGCUACCAACCCUUAGGGGACAAGGUCAACUUCUUCCGAAUGGUCAUCUCAAACCCUGCAGCAACUCACCAAGACAUUGACUUCCUGAUUGAAGAAAUCGAACGCCUGGGACAAGAUUUGUAAUCACCUCGCUCAUCAAACUGUUUCAGUUCUCUAGGUAGACAGCUAAGUUGUCACAAACUGUGUAAAUGUAUUUGUAGUUUGUUCCAGAAUAAUUCUAUUUCUAUAUCGUGGUGUCACAGUAGAGUACAGUUUUAAAAAAUCAAAACCAGUGGGGUGGUGGUGGCGCACGCCUUUAAUCCCAGCACUUGGGAGGCAGAGGCAGGUGGAUUUCUAAGUUCAAGGCCAGCCUGGUCUACAAAGUGAGUUCCAGGACAGCCAGGGCUACACAGAGAAACCCUGUCUCGAAAAAA